AAGACAUAAUGAAGCGCUGUCUCUUUAAUGGUUGGUGCAAUCAAUGGCUUCCCAACCCUUUUUGGGCUGGUUCCAAAUUCCAAGGAAAGCAGGGGAAAAAGAAGCCCAGGGCUGUGUGUGCAGUGGGCUUUUCUCCCCUGCUGUCUGGAGGAGGUAGGGGGAAGCCGGGGAGUUUCCAUAGCAAUAGGAAACUACAAAACUUCCACAAAAGAAGAACAGAAAGCCAGCUCCUCCGGGCGGCUGGCCACAGCACUGGGGAUUUUGCCUGACUGGGCUCAGCAAGCCCUGACAGAGAGACAGAAUGGGUUUGCAGUUCUGCUUGGACUCUGCUGGCGCCUUUCCAGGAAGGCAGAACCAGGCUUGUGCUCCAGACAGCCUCUGACUGCUGUGGCGGAGGGAGACAGCCAGCCAGGGAUGGGUAUGCUCAGCGGUUCAGCCUACCUGAAUUAACCUUGGAGCCCUCCCUUUUUAACUGGGCUCCUCCAAGCUGAUCUUUCUGGCCAAGAGAUUAGAAGAGAGAGACUCUGCGGCAAACUGGGAAGGGGGAGCCUCUGGCUUCCUCUGCACAUGGACUUGGCAGAAGACGGGAGGAAAGAAAGCACCGGGGUGUGAACAAACCCCCAGCCCUCAAUGAACUGGCGGAGAAAGGUGAAGGUGACGCAUGGGAAGGACAUGCAAGAUGGCUGACCAGAGCAACAUCCAGUCUGCAGCUUCCAAGAGCAUUCGGCCCUUCCGGUCCAGUGAGGAGUACCUUUAUGCCAUGAAGGAGGAUCUGACUGAGUGGCUCAACACUCUCUAUGACCUGGACAUCCCGGUGGACAACUUCAUGGAGGCCUUGGAGACAGGCUAUGAUCUCUGCCAACACGCCAACAACGUCAACCGCAUCGCCCUGGAGUUCCAGCAGCAGCACUCGGAGGCUGCCGCCCACAUGAGGGUGCCUCAGAACGAAGUGGUCUUCCAGGCCAAGAACGUGGUGCCUGGCUCCUUCAUCGCC